CAGCUCAGAGCAGCAGCAGCAGCAGCAGCAGGCGCAGGGAAGCCUCACGUGUCUUCCUGUUUCUGCUUCUGCUUCUUUUUUGUUAUCACCGGUCUUUAUCGACCAUUCGAGCCAUGGAGCGGUGACAGAGCAGUGCAGACGAAAGUUGAUUGAUGGAGGAAGAGGAGACGAAUAAAGGAGCCAAAGGAGGAUGGUUGUUUUAGGUUUCUGAAGAUUGCCAAGUGAAUGGCUGAGAAAACCAGGCCAAAAGAAGAACAUGCUGUGCAUUUAGAGACAAAGGGAGAGCAAGAGUUAUAACCCCCAGCUUCCCUUGUGUCAGAGGGACAGAACGCGGAUGCCAGUUUGCCUUGUGAUCGGCUGGAACGAUGGCAGUCACCAAGGAGGAGAAGCUCAGUGAGAGCAGAAGCACGUCUGAGGACUCGGCCCCACCGGACGGCGGCUGGGGUUGGAUGAUCGUUGCUGGCUGUUUCCUCUCCACCAUUUGCAUCAGGGCGGUGACCAGAUGUAUUUCCAUGUUCUUUAUGGAGUUUCAGCUUCACUUUGAUACAGAUUAUUCCACCACCGCCUGGAUCCACAGUCUGAUUGACUGCACCACCAUGUUAUGCGCUCCUCUAGGCGGAUUCCUCGGGAGUCGUCUCUCCUGCAGAGCAACAGUGAUUCUGGGAGGUCUGCUGGCUUCUGUCGGGAUGGUCAUCAGUGCCUUUGCCUCCAGUCUGGAAUAUCUCUACAUUUCGAUGGGUAUCUUCACAGGUCUUGGCUUUGCUCUUAGCUACACACCAGCCAUAGCGAUGGUUGGGAGGUACUUCUGUGAGAGGAAAGCCCUGGCAUAUGGCAUUGCCUUAUCUGGUAGCGGCAUUGGGACCUUCAUCCUGGCUCCGGUGGUCCAUCUGCUUAUAGAGUAUUACACUUGGAGAGGAGCUCUGCUCAUCCUGGGAGGAUUUGUUUCCAACCUGUGUGUCUGCGGUGCUCUGAUGAAGCCACUGAAAGGAAGAGUUGAAGGGCAGUUAAAGGAAAAAGUGACUAACAAAGAACAGGGUUGCAUGACAGCAGUCCCCGAACAAAUACCUGCUAAUUCCGGCCCAGUGGAGCCAAAUCAGCCAGAAAUAAACAAAUUAAAGGACACCCAGCAGCUACUCAUAACCAACAAAAUGCUCGAACACAUUGGACUUGGCAAGGACAAACUAGAGACUUCAACCAGCAAGGAGUUUGGAUUUCUUCUGAUGCCCGACUUCUUGAUUCUGUCGGUGUCCAUCCUGUUUUUGGCGUACGGCUGCAGCGCUCCUGUAGUUUACCUGGUCCCAUACGCACUAAGCGUGGGAGUGGAUCACCAGCACGCUGCCCUCCUCAUGUCCAUAUUUGGAGUCAGUGGGAUUGUGGGGAACAUCACCUUUGGGUGGCUCACUGACAGGAAGUGUUUGAAGAGGUUUCGCUUACUGAGCUACAUGAUGGCGAUUGGCUUGGAGGGCCUCUGCUGUAUGUUCGUCCCCCUCCUUCAGUCCUUCUCCCUCCUCGUUCCCUUUUCCGUUCUCUAUGGAUACUUUGACGGAGCUUAUGUGGCGCUCAUCCCAGUGGUGACGUCCGACGUCAUGGGCUCCACCUACCUCACCUCUGGUCUGGGUGUGGUCUACUUCCUGCAUGCCAUCCCCUACCUCAUCAGUCCACCGAUAGGAGGUUGGUUAGUAGACAGGACGGGCGACUACUCUGCAACUUACUUCCUCAGCGGUGUUUGCUUCAUGUGCAGCUCCGUCGUCCUGGUAGUUAUGAUAUUAUUCAGACACUACAGGAAGUCAAAGUGUAAAUCAUCUGCACAUUUUAGUCCCAGUCAGGUGGAUGCUGCAGCACAGCAGGGGAUCAUAUGACGCCAGUGCUGAUGUGCACCUCACUGGACUGUGGCUUUACACAGAAUAUACUGUAGAAGAGCUUAAAGCUCACGACACUCACCUGAGGAAUUCUGGGAAAAUACCAAAACACUGCCUGAGCCACUACAUCACAUACUAGGGAUGGGACGACAUUACAGACUGGAGUAUCAACGGUUUACAAAUGUAUAAGUUUUACUUUGAUUUGGCCACUUUGAAACCAGUCCAGUUCCCCCUGGUGGAUAUUUAGUAUAUUUUCACUUCUGUGUGUCGUGUCUUCAUACAAAUCGGACGACAACAAAUGAUAACAAUUUCUACUGUAUACCUGAAACUGCACUUCCUGUAUUUCCUGCUCUCCAAGCAUAAAUAUUUGAUAAAUAUGCUAUUGAUUUGAAAUGAGUCGUGAUGUAUGGGAUUACUUUGAGGAGUUAACUUUAGGUAUUUCAUUUAAUGGAUUUAUUUUAUGAUUUGAAUGCUCACCUCGCCUGUAGUGGUGUGCUUUACGUCUCCAUAUGAUGAUGUAAACUGUAACACCUAUAAAAACAUAUGAUGCAUUUCAAGCACUACAAACUCAACUGUAACGCACAACAAUUUACUGUAUAUUACUUCUUCUUUUUGACUUUCUUUUUUUUUUACAAACCUUUUGUGCAAUACCUGAACUUAAUUAAGACCUGCAUUUCAUCCAGUAUGAACCGUUUGUGAUUGCUUCAUUGUAACCAGUCACAUUUGUACCAUGUAGCAAUAACUGCUUUGAAGCUCGUAUGUAGCCGUUUCUGCUCAACGUAUUAGAAGAGUCUGACUUUUGGUGAAUUUUGAAUUAAUGUGGAGAUUCUUAGGGAAUAAAUAGCCUAUGAACUGUGACCAGUAAUGAUUAUUUGAUUUUAAAUUGACAAUGUACAUCUUAUUCAUACUGUGUUUUUAUGGCGGCUGUCUGGUAAACAAAUCAUACCUGUUGAACAUUGUAAAUAAAGUUUUUAUGCAAGA